AUGGCCAGGAAGAUAGGUUUAAGUACUCUUAUGGUGAGUGGUGUGCUCUACGGACUAACUGUAUUGCCCGCUAUCAUCGCACUUACAUCUGGCGCGACCCCUUUGGCCGGUUUGUUCAGUAGUUUAGGUCGACGUAAGAGAUCCCUCGUUAAUGAGUCGCAUAUUUACCGUCAGUUACCACUCCUUACUAAUGAAGAAACCUAUAAAUUCUUGACGCUAUUUGAAAGUACUUUAGCAGCUCGCAAAAUCGAAAGUCCCGGCUGCAAAAAGUACUACACGUGUAAAGUAUUUUACGCUGUAUUGAAAAGCGGGGAAAAACCAAAGUUACCCGUCUUUGAGAAUGCAAUCAUCAAUGUGUUUGGAAUCGCUGUCGAGAGAAAGGAUUACAAAAUACAAUUCAUACCGACUGUCAAACUGUAUUAUAAUGUGGCGAAGGAUGCCUUGAAAGGGGAGUCGUGUGCCCGAAGGUAUCCCUGCUCAUUCCAGGCUCAUCACCACCAUUAUCACAAACAUGGAUUAUAG